AUGUAUAUAAGAAAUAUUGAUAGUUUUCAAAAAUCGAUAGAUGUACGUUUAGGUGAAAUACAAAUAUGCAGGUGUGCAGCUCACACAGCACAAGUUUGCGCACUUGAUAUAACAAAAAAUGCAGAUAUUAGAAAAUAUUUGCUUCAGUGUCGCAAUAUGACUAAAUACGUUAGAAAACCAUCAAACGGUCAUAUUGAAUCAGUAGAAAACAAAACGGAAGAUAAAAAUUUCGACGCCAAUGAGUGUUUUUGGGAUUUUAUUGCUAGCUACUCAACCGUUCUUAAUCCAUUACAAAAAACUAUAGUGAAGAUUCAAGAAGAACAAUUACAUUACGGAAAUUUUUAUGCUUUGUGGUUGAAAUGUAAAUUAUCUACUAGUAAAAUUUUAGCAUCACAUUCAGAAAAUAAAAAUGCAAUUAUUUUUCAAAUUGGUCAAAGUCUAAUGGAAAGCAUAGAAACAAGGACUCAUAAACUAUUAUCAAAUGCAAGCUUGGAUGCUUGCUUGUUUUUAGACCCAAGAUUUCAUCAAAUGCUAAAUGAUUCUCAGAGGGUUGAAGCUGUAGCUUAUUUAAAAAAAUUAUGGGAUAAAAUUAAAUCGCAUGACCCUAAACUUCUUCAUUCAUCUAAUCCAUCCCACUUAACGGCAACGGAAAGCGUACAGGUGCUGGAAGAAGAUGACGACGACCUUCUUAAUGAAUAUUUAGCUGCUAAUUUAGUACCCACUGAUGAAUCGAUUGAUGUUUAUUCAAAAAUUGAGAGAUUAAAUCUUCCUUUCAUGAAGGCUAACUUAAAUGUAUUAAAUUUUUGGAAAGAAAGACAGUGCAGCGAUCCAGAACUUUAUGCACUUAGUAAAGUAUGCUUUGCCAUUCCGCCAACACAAGUCACCAUAGAACGUGCAUUUUCAUCAUUAAAAUUGAUUUUGGCAGAUAAUCGUAAUCGUCUUAAUCAUGACACGUUAGAAAAUAUACUGCUAGUAAAACUUAAUCCCUCCUUUUUAGAUCAGUCAAUAGAAAAUUUGCCUUUAUUCGAAGAAAAUGAAGAUGAAUAA